AUGUACAACGAUAACAUGCCCCGUCGCUCGACGCGUUCGUCGCUAGCAGGAUCCCCUGGUCAGGUCUCGGGAUACCAAGGAGGCUCUCCUUACGUUGAUGGAGGUAUGCCUGGGGGUAACCACGGUGGAAUGGUCCCGCAUCAGGGAUCGAACCCCUACGAGUUUGUGCCGGUGCCUCCGGGUCCUCUGCCUGUUCCAGUGAUGACUCCGACUGUCAACCCGCCCAUGUUCCCUGUCAAAAGGCCCACGCCAACCUCAAUCGCCAAGGCCAACGCUUUUGGAGUCGGCCACUUUGGCAUUGAUUUCCUCACACGUAUCACCUUUUCGCUACGAUCAGGUAUCGACUCGGAAGUCGACUGGGCUCUCACAGCACUCGUCCAAGCAACCUUCAACGCCCCUGACCAGUUCAAAUUCCGACUAAAUGAGUCUCUCAUCGCCGACCUGCUGGGCCGUGUUCUCAAGGCCCGGUUUUUGACCCACAAGGAGUCCGCCGACGGAGAACACGUCGGAGACACGGACGCAGAUGAUCGAGUGCAUCAAAGUGUGCUAGAUAUCAUGCUCAUUCUGAGAAACGCCGCUCUGGACCCCGAAAAUGCCCAGUUUCUGGCUACUAGUGACAAGGGUCUUGAGGUGGUGCUCAAAUGUUUGCAGGUCUCGCCCUCCUCCCUCACAUCCGAGGUGCUCAGCUAUGCCGUUGACAUCUGCGAGUCUAUCUCGUUCUAUGUGUCUCCUUCCUCUUACGACGACCCUCUUCUCCAGGCUGUGGCUCAUCUGUUGGAGACCUCGUCUGACCGAGCUAUCAUAAUCUCUACCACUCGAGCACUCACCCGAAUGCUGGUCCAUGAGUAUCACGCCCACCCAGAAGCAGAGACCGAGCCGAAGGAGGACGCCUUCCCUAUCAUUACUCUGUUGGCUCGACGAUGGCAUCAGAUCGUCGACAAGACUGUGCAGAUGCUGCUGGUUGAGGCUGACGAAGAGCUCAUAAUUGCUGCUCUCGAUUUCCUCUAUCAGAUCACUCGUCGAGGUGCAUUUGUCACUCGUCUGUUAGAAAACAAUUCGAACGCUGAGAUUCUGUCGACUCACCUGGCCCGUCUGUUACGGUUCGAGUUUCCCCACGAAAAGUUCAUUGACUACAUCCGACUUCCCCCACGGGCUACUCCGGGCCCUGUAAAGAAGAAUGUCCCUACGGUCGACUCGCCGGCCCCACGUCUUCCUGAGGAUGUUCUGAACAACCUUCUGACGAUGCCUGAGCCCCAUCGAGCCAAUGCAUGGAUGCGAGCUUCAUACGAGGAGACUAGCGGAGGUGAGGUGACCCAGAUUUCUCUGUGGAAGUCGUACGAGUCGCAAUUUGAGCCCUACUGUAAGGAGGGCUCUGCUCCCGGCGUGCACAGACUGCUCCCGGCCGUGGAGUUUAUCAAAAAUGUCAACGCGGCCUUCACUCGAAGUGCCGCCAUGGUUGUCAGUCUCAACGAUGGAACCAAAAAGUUCAUUAUCAAGGGUAUUCAACCCCGAAAGGAACCCGUGGACCCUGCUACCAUCGAUGCACAGAAGCGCGCGGAGUUUGAACACCGUCGAAAGAUGGAGGCCAGAUAUGCCGAGUACGAUCAGGCUCGACGAUACAGACUGGACAACAAGAGUGGAGUGUCUCCGGCCGCUAUUCUGGUCAUGACUAACAUUGCCAAGAGCGAUCUGGGCAAACUGGCACUGACUCAUGUGGUUGACAAGGUGGUGUAUGCUGGUACUGUCAACCCACACAUUGCCCAGUACAUGUUCCCCUUAUUGGGCGAGUUGGAGAAUGUGAAGCCCGAGGCAUAG